AUGCCAUCUGUCAACCGGAAUGCAUUCUCCCCAAACCCUCAGGGUCUGAUAGGUAAUGGGAUUUCAAGCCCUGCUGCUGCUGCUCUUCCAGGCCCUGGCCCUGACCGAGACCUGGGCGGACACUCACUCCCUGAGAUAUAUCAGCACCGCUGUGUCCGGACCGGGCCGUGGGAAGUCCCGGUACGUCGUCGUCGGCUAUGUGGACGACACGGAGAUCGUGCGGUUCGACAGCGACGCUGCGAGUACCAGGCUGGAGGCGCCCGCACCGUGUUCCGAGCGGCCAUGGUCGGAGCAAGAAAAGCCAAACUAUUGGUACCAUCGGUCAAGCGUUUGCGCGCACAACGCGCGUAUUAACGAAGGGAACCUGAACAAGCUGCGAGCCUACUUCAACCACAGCGAGGAUGUGUCUCACACUUUCCAGGCAAUGAGUGGCUGCACCCUGGGGCCAGACGGGAGCUUCCUUCGCGGGUACACGCAGUUCGCCUACGACGGCACGGACUUCAUCGGCCUGAACGAGGACCUGAGCUCCUGGACCGCGGCCCGGGACACCUGGCACAAGUUGGUGCAGGUCCCUGAUGUGGACGUCAGGAGGUUCUUCCUGGAGGAUACAUGCGUGCGCCUGCUCCAACUGUACCUGGAGAAGGGGAAGAAGAUGCUCCUACGAGCAGACCCUCCAAAGACACACGUGACCCACCACCCCAUCUCUGACCAUGAGGUCACCCUGAGGUGCUGGGCCCUGGGCUUCUACCCUGCGGACAUCACCCUGACCUGGCAGCAUGAAGGGGAGGACCUGACCCAGGACAUGGAGCUGGUGGAGACCAGGCCUGCGGGGGACGGGACCUUCCAGAAGUGGGCAGCUGUGGCUGUGCCCCCUGGAGAGGAGCAGAGAUACACGUGCCAUGUGCAGCACCAGGGGCUGCCUGAGCCCCUGACCCUGAGAUGGGACCACCCUCCUCAGACCACCGCAGACCCCCCUCCUCAGACCACCAUUGCCAUCGUGGGCAUCACUGCUGCCCUGGGUCUCCUUGGAGCUGUGGUCACUGGAGCUGUGCUGUGUUGGAGGAAGUUCUCAGACAGAGGAAGGAAGAGAUGUGCUCAGGCUGCCUGCAACGACAGUGCCCAGGGCUAUGAUGUGUGUCUCACAGCUCCUGAUGUGUGACAGAGCUGCUAUGUCCAGGACUUGGUGGUAAAACAGUCACUGCAGCCUCCCCUUGGGACUUUAAGGAUCCCUGACUGCUGUUUCUGCAACUGGCAUUGGAAUGUGUCUGUGUUCUUAUCAGCACCAGUGAGGAGCUGGUCAUCAGGCCACCCUCCCCACAAAGAUCUGCGUCCUCUCCCUUGGGGACUGUCCUGUUACCAGAGUUGGGGUGAGGCCACCCCAUCCUUAUUAUUCCUUGGCUGGAUGAUCUUUGUUGCUCCUUUCUCCUUGCUGCUUCAGGAGAACCUUGUCCCACCAGGACCUGGGAUCUCAGGGACAUGAGCAUCACCUGGGCCUUGUUGUGGCUCCAGGACUGUGCUCAGUGAGGGCUUCCUGCGGCCACGUCAGCCUGGGCUCAGGCCUGGGUCUGGUCCUCAGCCUGUAUCUAUUUGCUGUUUCUUUUUUAUUGUAGAUACUGUAACUAUUGUAUUUAAAAAUAAAGUUA